ACAGCACGUGCAGCGGCCUCGUGGUGCGGCUUUGAGGCUCCAGCAUGGGUCUCACGAAGCAGUAUCUGCGCUACGCGCCGGGCGCCGUGUUCGGGCUGGUGGCGUCGGCCCGCGCCAACGCCGUCUUCGUGGCGCUGCGCGGGGAGCGCUCCCGCUUCGCCGCCGUGGCCACGUGCGAGUACGUGGUCGUGUGGGACCUGCGCAAGGGCGAGAAGGUGCUCGUCAUCCCGGGAGACAAGUCGGAGGUUACGCGGCUGGCCGCUGCCCCUUGCCGGGGUCGGCACGGUGGGGAGGAGCAGGGCUACGCCGCGGGCGUGGAGCUGGCUGCUGGGCACGUGGAUGGGGCCGUGCGCCUGCUGAGCCUGAUAACAGGCGAGAAGCGCGUCACCUUCACGGGCCACCGCACUGCCAUCACGGCGCUGGCGUACCACCCUGACGGCACGCGCCUCGUUUCCGGCUCGCAGGACACGGAUGUCAUCGUGUGGGACGUGGUCGGGGAAUGCGGCCUCUACCGUCUCAAGGGCCACAAGGAUGCCGUCACCUCGGCGCGCUUCUUCUCCACAAAGAACGUGCUCCUCACCGGCUCCAAAGACUCUUUUGUGAAGUUCUGGGACCUGGACACCCAGCACUGCUUCAAGACCUUGGUUGGGCACCGCUCCGAGGUGUGGUCGCUGGCGACGUUUGGCGAGGACACGCGGCUCGUGACGGGCUCCGCCGACAGCGAACUGCGCGUUUGGGAGCUUUUGUGCCCCGACAGCGACGCAGGCAUCAAGAGGCCGCGCGCCGCGGUGCCGCGGCUCGCGACACAAGACGGGGAGCUGUCCGACGAUGCGAACGCCGAGGAGGAGGAGGAAGAAGAGCGCAUCGUCGCCGCUCACAAGCUCGGAUCGUUGCUCAGGGAGGGGAGAGACCGUGUGGUCUCCAUGGCGACAGACCCGACGGGGAGGUUCCUGGUCUGUCACGGCCUGGAUCAGACACUGGAGGUUUUCCGCAUCCAAACGGAAGAGGAGAUAAAGAAGGUGCUCGACAAGAGGAGGAAGAAGCAGCGCAAGCGGGCCGCGCGGAAUGCCGAGGCUGGGAACGACAUGCAACAGCAGGAGGAGGUGGUGGAGAGGACUGUGCAGGAUGAAAUCGUCCGCGUCGCAAACAUCAGAGCCUCUGCAAAGAUCCGGAGUGUGGACGUGCGUGUGGAGAGUGGUGGACGCGAGCUCCGGGUGGUGCUCGUCCUCGCCAACAACCUCCUGGAGACGCACGUGGUGGUGGUGGCAUCGGCGGAGACGCGGCGCGCCGGGCGCGUGGUCACACCGGGCCACCGCUCGGACGUGCGCACGGUCGCUUUCAGCUCCGACAACACCGCCGUGCUCUCCGCCUCGGGCGAGAGCGCCAAGAUCUGGAACCGGGCCUCGCUGCAGUGCGUGCGCAGCAUGGACUGCCAGUAUGCGCUCUCCUCGCUCUUCGUGCCAGGCGACCGGCAGGUCGUGCUUGCCUCCAAGACGGGGAAGCUGCAGCUGUUUGACCUGGCUUCGGGCCUGCAGAUGGAGUGCGUGGACGCGCAUGACGGCGCCGUGUGGUCACUCUGCAUGGCUCCUGAUCAGCGCGGCUUUGUGAGUGGAGGGGCGGACAAGCUUGUGAAGUUCUGGGAGUUUGAGCUGGUGAAGAGCGCCGAUGCAGGCCAAGCGAGCAACAGCAGCAGUGGGCUGACGCUGACGCCAAGCCGCGCGCUGUCUCUGGACGAGGAGGUGCUGUGCGUCCGCUUCACCCCCGACCACCGCCUGCUGUGCGUGUCGCUGCUCGACUGCACCGUCAAGGCCUUCUACACUGACUCGCUCAAGUUCUUCCUCAACCUCUUCGGCCACAAGCUGCCCGUGCUGUGCAUGGACAUCUCCUACGACAGCCGCCUGAUUGCGACCGGCUCAUCUGACCGGAACGUCAAGAUCUGGGGGCUGGACUUUGGGGAUUGCCAUCGCUCUCUGUUUGCCCACGACGACAGCGUGAUGUGCCUGCAGUUUGUGCCGAAGACACACCUCUUCUUCACCGCCGGCAAGGACGGCAAAAUCAAGCAGUGGGAUGCUGACAAAUUUGAGCUGGUGCAGACCCUGGAGGGCCACCACGGAGAGGUGUGGAGCGUGGCGGUGAGCCCCAGCGGAGACCACAUCCUCUCGGCCGCGCACGACAAGUCCCUGCGCCUGUGGGAGCGAACGCGCGAGCCGCUCGUGCUGGAGGACGAACGCGAGAUGGAGCGGGAGGCCGAGUACGAGGAGAGCGUGGCCAAGGGAGCGGAGCCGAUCGUGCCUGGCGAGACGGAAGGGGAGGCGGGGAUGGCUGCGAGGAAGACGAUGGAGACCGUGAAGGCUGCUGAACGGAUCAUGGAAGCCCUGGAACUGUACCGAGUUGAAUCCCAGAAACUGGAGGAGCACAAGCAAGCAUGUAAAGCGGCCAACAAGCAGCUGCCGCCGCCCGUGCUCGACCCGGUGCUCGUGGCGUCCGGCAGUGUCACGCCAGAGAAGUAUGUGCUGGAGGUGAUCAAGAAAGUGAAAUCCAGCGAGCUGGAGGAGGCGCUGCUAGUGCUGCCCUUCUCCUAUGUCCCGGAGCUCCUCGCCCUCUUCCUCCUCUUCUUGCGCCAAGGCCGAGCUGUGGAGCUCAUUUGCCGAGCUCUCUUCUUCCUCCUCAGGAUCCAUCACGGACAGAUCACCAGCAAUGGGAUGCUCCUUGAAGUCAUCUCGGAGCUGAGGGAGAGCUCGCUGCUCAGGGUCAGGGAGAUGAGGGACUUGGUGGGAUUCAACAUGGCCGCACUGCAACUACUGCACAGGGAGAUCGAGGCAAAGCAAGAGGUGGCCCUGUUUGUCGACGCGACGCAGAAGAUGAAGGACAAGAAGCGAAAGCGCAAGGUGCGGGAGAAGCAGCGUGCGGUGCUGGCGCUCGCCCUGUAAAGGGAGGAGAGACGCGCUGCCGGGCCUGCCACGAGCGUCAUUAGCUCUCGCCCGCACCCUUGACCAGGUUAAGUGUUUCCCACAAACGUUUAAACCAACAUAACCAGAUCUUGUUUAGUUGAUUAUGAGUGCGACAUUGAUUACCGCGGUUGAAAUCUACUGCGAAAAAAAAGACUAAUUGCACCUCAUAUCCUGUUUCCUGGCUACAGGCCUGUGAAUACUUCCGUUUAAAGUCUGCUUUGCACACUAUAAUACAUAGACCACAUGGAGACUCAUGGUAGACAGGCGAGCUGAUUCCAGCGUGGCUGUGAGACGUCAUGAGUUGUGGUAAAGCGGUGCACCUCCAAGUCACACGGCUCUGACUGUUGCCCUCUUUUCUCCGUAAGGAAGGUUCAAACUUUUUCCUUUGGUCCGUGAUACAAGUACCUACAGAACAACAGCUGUUUUGAUUUGCAUCUUUAACAUAAGUAAGUCACAUUGUAUUUGUAUAGCAGUGAACUAAGUAAGCUAUGAUUGUGACAUCAGUACAUUGUUGCAUUAUAUGUCUGCGAAAUGUAUGUAUGUUUAACUUCUUUUGCACCGUACGUAGCCAACCGUGCUAAUCGGAGGUGGUAAUGUUGGUCACAAUAUUCCAUGUGUUGGAAUUACCUCUUGUCAUGACAUACUUACAGAUAAUCACAAGAACCGACCUCCCAGCAGUCGGGACACUUGUGUUAGAAUAACCUUUGCUAAUGUUGAACAGUCAUGAGAUUGUGUCCCCUAAUGAUGGGUACAAAGUCUUACUAGCAUCUGAGAUAGCAAUGUUUCAGUGGAAUAAAGUUUUGACCUUUUUA